AUGGCGCAACAACCUCAUGCUACCACUACCCUGCGGCGUUUUCUCACCCAGAACAAGCCAUUCACUACCUGCUCUGCUCGAUCCCAGCAACACCCAACAAACACAAAAUGGCCGACGUUCGAAGAUCCCGUCACCAUUUGGGAUGCUUUUACACUGGGGAACCUUGAUAGGCAGUUCGGCGCCCUCCUUGAUAUCCCAAUCCCAUCGGACAGGCUUCCGAUCGCGGUGGAGGCUCCGGAGGACCUACCCAUCACCAAUUCGAAGAGCAUUGGACAUCUCGUUGCUCGGAACGAUGCUAUGAUGCAGGCAUCCCUAAAUGUUGCCAAGUCGCACCUUCAGCUGUUUCCCGGCAUAGUCCUGCGUUUUCGAUACAACGACGUUGACCAGACACAACUUCCAAAGCUCUUUGAUGGCAGAAAGACACUCAGGCCCGACCACAUCAUCCAGCUCGAUCGAUUCCCGGCAUCUAUCUUGGUGGUCGGUCUUGCGCGCCCAAGCUCCCAUUGGAGUGCCCGAAGGGCCGUAAGCAGUCUCGGCGACCUGGACAAGGGGGGCCUUCAGCCAUUGCGAGAACUGGCUAACUUGUGCAAGAUCGCCGGCACAGAGUUUGGGUACAUCCAGACUGAUGAGGACAUGGUGGUGUGCCGUUUCACCUUGGCGAGCGGGAACAAAUGGAAAGCAUCUAUUAAGCCGAUCCCAUGGUCAACCUAUGAGACAUCAAAUCUCACAGCUGACCUGGCUCUCUGGUGGCUUUGCAUGCGAGCCAUGUCCAUGUUGGGCAAUCAACAAGGAUAA